AUGAUUGAUCUCAGUUUGAAGCCUAACUGUGAGUUAAAGCUUAAGAUUAAGUUUUCUAAUCUAAUUUAAAAAAUCAUUACAAGCGUUCUUAACCCAAUUAUAAAAGCCCAUCCUAUUUAUAACAUAUUAAUGUUAUCAGUGGAAGGGUUUGUCAACAGGCACAUCAGGAAGCAAGACCAGAAGAGAGGGUUUAAUGAAUGGCAUCGAUUUGACAAGUUUGCUUACGUCAAAUAAUGAAACUUGGCCACAGAAUGUUCGGGAAUGGGUAUAUUUAAACCGGGUACUGUAAUUUAUUUUUAAAUGUUUAGUCUUAGCAAUGUAAAAUACGGAGCUGAAAGCAUUAACAGUACAGUUGGUAUUAGUACUCACUAGAUUCGGUUAGGGUAGAGUAAGGCUGGGGUUGGGCUGCGGCUUGGUUUCAGCUUUUUUUGGCCAGAGGUGGGCUAGAGCUUGGGCUAGGGCUAGCGCCCGGACCAGGGUUAGGAAAACCAGGGCUAAGACUAAGAGUUCAGCUUUGGUUAAGUUUAGAACCAGGAUUACAAUCAUGUCCAAGCCUAAGAUCUCGACCAAGACUAGUGUCAGGACCAGAACUUGGGCCAGAACUAGAACCAGGACGAGGGCCAGGAUCAGAAAUAGAACUAGCGCCAAGAUCAGGACCAGGACCAGGUCUAGGACCAGGACCAGGACCGGGACACGGACCAGGACCACGACCAGGACUGGGACCAGGACCAGGACCAGGACCAAGACCAGGACUGGGACCAGGACUAGGACUAGGACCAGGAUCAGGACUAGGAUCAACACUUAGACCAAGACCAGAACCCGGACCAGGACCAGGGCUGGGACCAGGACUAGGACCAGGACCAAGACCAGGACUGGGCCAGGACUAG